AUGCUUUCAUACAUCGUGCUGAGUAUCCUCGCACUCACCGGAAGUGGCUUUGCUCAAGUUGCAACAGAAUACGUCGACCCAGACAACGGCAUCACAUUUUGGGGUAUCACUGACCCAGUGCAUCUGGUCACUCAUGGCUAUGUCUUCCCUCCUGUCUCCGCAGGAUCCACUGAGUUCAUUGGCGAGAUCGUUGCUCCGAUUUCGGCUGCCUGGGCUGGGGUUUCUCCUGGUGGCGAAAUGGUGGACAAUCUGCUAUUAAUGGCUUGGGCCAACGGAAACACGGUCAUGGGCACCAAUCGCUUUGCUACGGAUUAUAUUCAACCAGUCCCGUAUGCUGGGCCCAUUAUAACAGACCUUCCAUCGACCAAAGUAAACUCUACUCAUUGGAAGUGGGUCUACCGUUGCCAAAACUGCACAGUAUGGGACGGGGGGAGUUUGAAUACCAAUGCAUUUGUUGCACCAGCAUGGGUAUUUUCCUCUAUCGCAGUCGACGACCCUUCGGAUAUAAACACUGAUUUCCAAGAACACACGGAUUUCGGAUUCUAUGGCUCUAACUUUUCUGCCGCUCACGCCUCAGCCGCAGAUUACAAUAAUUGGGCAGCAGGAGGUACUGGAUCAAGUGGGGGAAGCACUACGACUACGACUACGACUACGACUACGACAGCCACCUCUUCUCCUACUGUUGCUCCCACCCCUUAUGAUUAUAUAGUUGUUGGUGCUGGUCCUGGUGGAAUAAUUGCUGCAGAUAGGUUGAGUGAAGCCGGCAAAAAAGUGCUUCUUCUUGAACGAGGAGGACCUAGUACAUGGGAGACCGGAGGCACAUAUGCACCAACAUGGGCGCAAGGACAUAAUCUUACCAAGUUCGAUAUCCCGGGCUUAUUUGAGACAAUGUUCACGGACUCGAAUGAGUUUUGGUGGUGCGAUGAUAUUACCGUGUUUGCUGGCUGUCUGGUCGGCGGUGGAACAUCGGUUAACGGAGCGUUGUAUUGGAUACCGACCAGUGAUGACUUUUCAACUGCAACCGGCUGGCCUUCAUCUUGGAGCAAUGGUGCCCAUGACACCUACGUAAAUAUGAUGCAGCAAAGACUUCCCAGUACGGAUCAUCCUUCAACGGACGGAGAGCGAUAUCUGGAGCAAGUAUCUUCGGUUGUGGGCCAGUUAUUAAACGGUCAGGGCUACAGCAACAUUACAAUCAACGAUAAUCCCAAUUUCAAGGAUCAUGCGUAUGGUUAUAGCGCCUACGACUUUGUCAACGGAAAACGUGGAGGUCCUGUCGCCACAUAUCUACAGACCGCUCAAUCUCGCUCAAAUUUCCAGAUGGAAAUAUAUACCUAUGCUUCAAACGUUGUUCGAAAUGGUUCCACAAUUCUGGGUGUACAAACAAACAACACUGCUAUCGGCCCUAAUGGUUAUGUUCCUCUUAAUCCUAAUGGAAGAGUUAUCCUAUCUGCGGGCUCCUAUGGUUCACCAAGAAUACUCUUCUUGAGUGGAAUUGGUCCUUCAGACAUGUUGGAUAUUGUAAGCAACGAUCCUACUUACGGACCUCAACUGCCGCCCCAAGCAGAUUGGAUUGACUUGCCAGUGGGUUACAAUGUUUCUGACAAUCCAUCAAUUAACCUGGUCUUCACUCAACCUUCCAUCGAUGCGUACAACAAUUGGGCAACAGUGUGGGCCGACCCUCGCCCAGCCGAUUCUGCACAGUAUCUUGAGAAUCAGUCCGGUGUUUUAGCACAAGCUUCACCUAGAUUGAAUUUCUGGCGAGCUUACGGUGGUGUCACAGACAAUGUGAUUAGAUAUCUGCAAGGAACUGCCCGCCCUGGCGCAGCCUCAAUCAAUACUACGAUGACUUACAAUGCCAGGCAAGUCUGGUUAAGCUUCAUAGUUCGCGUAAAAGCUCACAGCCGGAUUAGCACGAUCUUCACCAUAACAGCCUAUUUGUCUACAGGAAUAACCUCUCGUGGGCGUAUAGGUAUUGAUGCGAGCCUGAGACCUCAACCUUUAAUCGAUCCGUGGUUUGAGGAUCCAGGCGACGAACCCGUACUUCUUCAGGGUCUCAAGGACAUCGUUUCGAACCUGGAUAGUGUCCCUGGUUUAACGAUGAUCACUCCCGAUGAUACGAUGACAAUGGAGGAAUACGUAAAUUUAUACGAUCGGAGCACUAUGGACUCCAAUCAUUGGGUCGGUUCUAACAGUAUUCUGCACGUUGUUGAUGAGAACGUGAAGGUCAUGGGAACGGACAAUCUUUUUGUGAUCGAUGCAUCAAUUAUGCCACGACUCCCCAUGGGUAAUCCACAUGGAGCACUUAUGAGUGCUGCUGAACAUGCCGUGGCAAACAUACUAGCACUGCAAGGAGGUCCGUGA